ACUACUACUACUACUUACUACUCACUUCACAUUGAUAGAAUUGUGUGAAAUGUGCAAAUAAUAUAAGAAAAAGAUCCAAAUUUAUCAUUAGUAAAAGUUUAUCUGUCUAAGAAAAAUAAAAUAAAGAAUAGGUAAUUAUGAACAGUAUCGGAGAGGAAUGCACAGAGUUAAAGAAAAAAUAUGAUGAUUGUUUUAACACAUGGUUUUCGGAAAAAUUUUUGAAGGGUGAUAAUGAUGAUACUAUCUGCUCUGGAAUUUUCAAAAUUUAUCAGGAAUGUGUAAAGAAUGCUAUGAAAGAACAGAAUAUAGAUUUCAAGGAGAUUGAUAAAGAUGUACUUGGUACUGAGAAUGAAUUUAAGGCACCUACAGAUAAUAGCAGUUGACAACAAUUUAACCUGAUGUGUGCAUUAAACCCAGCCACAUGCUGGGGUUUUAUCAAUGGAUAUAAAUAUAAUGAACGUUGU